UUUAAGAAAUACAAUCAGUGCUCAACGUACUCGGCGACGAGCACGAACUGUGAAUCAUACCGAUGAGCGCACCGGUCGCGCAAGAGGAGCUUCCGAUCCUCGAGGCCGUGAUCAACAUACGGAACCGGCUUACUGCCCUGAAGAGGGACCGUGCCGAGUUUAUCAAGCCGUCAGAUGUGAAUGCCCUUUACCAGGCCGUCAUUAAACAAGUCACAAAACUCAACGAUGUCCGAGACGACAAUACGACCUACAAUAAUCGAGUGGAUACGACACUGGCUGAUGUAUUCAGUCUCCUCUCGUUGUGUUAUCUUACAUUGGGUCGAACGAAAGAGUGUCCCGCUGUGUACUCACAGUUGGCCUCUAUGAGACAAAUCCUCAGUCAUAUGGAAGAAUCGGGAGUCUACAAUGAAUCGGACCCGGCCCCUUUCCACCGGAGACUGAACGAGCUCCGCUCCAUAGUACAACAGGAUGCUGAGAGCAGUAGGCACCCCGAAGCUAUGGUGAAGCUCCUGGAGCGCCAGUUCAAUGAAUGUGAUGUUAUCGUGCGAUCACUCCAAGAUUCUUUGUCUGUGCUCUCGGUAGAGCUGGUUCCCAUUCACGAACGCCUCGUCUCAAUUCGCAGACAACUCGUCGCGCUAGCUGCCAAAGAAGGCUCACAUAAGUCCGAAAUAAAAGCUCUGGCCGAGGAACUGCGUAAGAUCGAUUCUAAACGCGUCGACGGGAAAUUCCUUGGACCAGGAGGAACCAUGCCUGCUUCUCAAGCGCUUUGCACAUCCCUCCUGGAGGAAUGCUUUGACAUCUUGCAGCAAAUAAAAGCGCAAGAGGAGUCAAAGAACGUGGCGUCUUCCCUUAAGCCCAUUCACGACCGCCUGGACGAGCUGCGCGCGGAACUUGAGAAUCUCGUCCUCACGCACAGAUGGAGUCUCCGCGAGACAGAUCUCUACAACUAUUCGAUGAGCUUGCAUGAGAUCGAUAAGAUGCGCGUUGAUGGCAAAUUUGUCGAUACGGAGGGUAAUCGGCCGCCGGGACAGUAUGUUCUACUGUACUUGCUGAGACGGUGUUACGGUCUCAUCUACCGUCUGCUAUCAUCGAGUCAGCCGGUAUCCGAAGAACUCAUCCCCAUCGCCAAUAAACUCUCCACAGUGAAGAAGUGUCUCAAUGAAGUAUACAAAUUUGGCGGUCCGUUUACGGCUCGCGACCUUUAUCCUUAUCAACUUGCACUGCACCAGAUCGACUCCAUGCGGAAGGACGGUAGAUUCGUGGGCGUAGGUGGAAAUAUUCCCGAAGGACAGGCCAUCGUCAUGGCCCACUUGAACGAGUGUCAUGAACUACUAGAGAUGCUCAAGGAGUCCAUGGACGACGAAAACGAGGAUGACCAGGACUACGACGACGACGAUAGUGAGACAAGAGUCGCAGAUUGACGUGGACUUGAUGAUGUUGCGAACUCAGGCUUCUUUGAAUGAUGUACCCCACUUACCAGCUCAGUAUUUCACUAUGCUUUGACUUACAUACAGUACCACAAUCAAUCGCGCUGCGAAAAUA